AUAUUGCGAGCGAACUGUCGACGCAGAGAUCUUUCGGACCGUACAGAGUGAGGCGGUAAUGGCGGGACUUGCGUCGUUGAACUGGGCAGCCGUCCCCGUGGCCGCCGCUCAGUCCCCGGGCAGAAGAGCCAUGAGAGCUUCAUGGAGAAUCUCGUGCCAGACGGCGCCCGGCGGCACUUCCAGCGAGUCUGCAGCCACGGAAGAGGCGCUGGGCAAAAAUGAGCUGGAUAAUGAUAAGUCCAGUCUUGCAUCAAGUGCCACACAAGAGGCUGAAUUUCCUGAACUUCCAAACAAGGGAACAAAUAGGAGGGUUGCUCUGGCUUCCACUUUUGCUGCUUUGGGGCUUUUCCUAUCAACAAGAAUUGACUUGGGUGUUUCUUUGAAGGACCUGGCUGCCAAUGCACUGCCAUAUGAAGAGGCUCUUUCAAAUGGGAGGCCUACUGUCGUUGAGUUCUAUGCAGAUUGGUGUGAAGUUUGUCGAGAAUUAGCACCAGAUAUUUACAAAGUUGAGCAACAAUACAAGAAUCGUGUGAACUUUGUGAUGUUGAAUGUUGACAACACAAAGUGGGAACAAGAGCUUGAUGAGUUUGGGGUUGAGGGCAUUCCUCAUUUUGCUUUCCUUGACAAGGAAGGAAAUGAGGAAGGCAACAUUGUUGGUCGACUUCCUAAGCAGUAUCUUCUGGAGAAUGUUGAUGCUCUUGCCAGGGGUGAAGAGUCCGUACCUCAUGCAAGGGUUGUAGGGCAAUACUCAAGUGCGCAGUCAAGAAAGGUGCACCAAGUUGUUGACCCCAGAAGCCAUGGUUAAAUCUACUCUUUUUCACCCCACAAUCAACCCACUGAAUUUUUUGGAAUAACAGCUUGGUAAAGAUGAGUGAAGAGGAGGCUGUUCUAUUGUAGAAGAUGCUCAGAUUGAUUGAAGAAUUCGGAAUUGUAAUUAUGGAUACCAAUAAGCUACAAAAUUAACACUUGGACUGGUUGAAUAUGUAAAUCAUGCCCAUGGUCUAUAAAAUGCAUUUCUGUGUCAGUGUA